AUGGCUUCAAAUUCACAACUUACAGAGGAAGAAAGAAACUUCACUAGAUUUUUCUUACUCAACUUCAAAGUAUCACCUGACAUUGUAAGGCGAUUCUUUGACGGAGUAUUUCCACCAGCACAAUUAGCCCAAACUGUCAACAGUGCUUCCUCGUCUAAGGAUUUUGAUCUGACUUUGAUGAUAUGUUUGAUGCGCAAUCUAGGAGGUUUAUUAACACCCUCCAAUGGAUGGGAUCAACUUCCGCUUAUGAAUGAAAUGAUACCUGGAGCGGACCUGGCUACACUAAAGUGGUACAGAAACCAGUUGGCCCAUAUGACUAUAACGUCUAUGGAUAUUAAUGAAUUUACAGACAAAUGGAUGCGAGUUGACAAGGCAUUGACAGCUUUAAAUAAAGGUCAGAGACCACAUAAAGUCACAGAAAUCUUAAAUUACGAUCUUGAUGGAGGACAAGCAAAGACAUUAGCAAACGCAGAACUGAAAAUAAUGAAAAAAGAAUAUAUGGAAUGUGAAAAGGAAAAAGAUCAGAUAGAAAGUGUUUUAUUUAUUUGUGAAAAGGAAAAAGAACAGAUAGAAAGUGUUUUAUCUAUUUGUGAAAAGGAAAAAGAACAGGUAGAAACUGUUUUAUUUAUUUGUGAAAAGGAAAAAGAACAGAUAGAAAGUGUUUUGUCUAAUUGUGAAAAGGAAAAAGAACAGAUAGAAAGUGUUUUGUCUAUUUGUGAAAAGGAAAAAGAACAGAUAGAAAGUUUUUUGUCUAUUUGUGAAAAGGAAAAAGAACAGAUAGAAAGUUAUUUAUCUCACUACAAGGAAGGAAAUCUUCCGAAAAACAUUGCAGAUGCGAAUUCGAGUUUGGUUGAAACAUGGCUAAAGGAUGACAAAAGUUUUUAUGACACAAAGGCAUCAUAUUUUGUUUAUGAUAAAAUACACGAAUGUACCUGUAUUUUGGUGGCAUCAAAUUCAGGAUUAGGAAAGACAGCAAUCAUCCGACAUAUUGCUUUGAAACUUCAAUCGGAAGGAUUUCAAAUUGUUUCCGUAGAGUACCCAGCCGAUGUAAUCAAAUAAAAAACAAAUAAAAAACAAGUAUUUCUUAUUGAUGAUGUCCUUGGAAAGUACGAUUUAAAUCCGAACCUGUUGGAACAAUGGGAAAGAAUAAAUGAAAAGCUCAUAAGCUGUUUGGGGAAGGAUUCAGGUUCACACAAACUACUAUGUACACUGAGAUCACAAAAAGUAGUCAAUAAAAGAUUUGAAAAUGGAUGACAAUUCUAAACAAAGAAGUAAUUGAUUUGGAGCUCGAGUCUUAUACUCUUACAGAAGAGGAAAAGCAGAACAUUUUGAUUAAACACCUUGAGACAAAUAAGUUAGAAAGGGAAAUCAAUACAGGGGAGGUUAAGAAAAUGUGUAAAACGAAUUAUGCAUUUCCUCUUCUUUGCAAAUUAGUUUCAAAUGAUGAGGAAAGAUUCAGAAAUAGAAUUGUUUUUUUUUAGGCAACCAAUAUCACUGUUCAGGGAAGAACUUAAUAAAAUGAGUAUUGAAAAUAAGAAGCUAUAUUGCAUUUUGGUCAUAUGUAUGUUGUAUAAUGGUUCGUUGAGUAAAAGUAUAUUCAAUAUUAGUCAUGGUGUAAAAAU